CUUUUGUGAUCCUUACGAUCGACAUACAAUCAAUAUGGCUGAUACCGUACAAUACUAUAUGGAACGUAUGGUUCCAGAAUUAGAAGAACUGGAAAAGAAAGGUUACUUCAGUGAUGUCGAAAUCAAAUCUAUUGUCAAGAAACGUACUAACUUUGAAUACGCUAUGAAUCGUCGUAUUGCCAAAAAGAUCGAUUUUUUACGUAGUAUUGAAUAUGAAAUCAACUUGGAAGCACUACGAAAGAAGAGGAAGAAAAGGAUCACAGUUAUCGAUGGAAAAGUAGGAACUUCUGAAUACUCCAUCAACAGACGUAUAUUCCAUUUAUUCAAACGGGCCACCAACAAAUUUAAGGGCGACUUGUCAUUAUGGAUUCAAUAUAUCGAGUUCGCAAAGAAAAACGACGCUCAGAAUAUCCUCAGUGGGAUCUUUGCACAAGCCAUUCAAUUCCAUCCUAACAAGCCUAGUUUAUGGAUCCUUGCGUCUUCAUGGGAAUUUGAAGACAAUGCAAAUAUGGGAGCAGCACGAUUAUUAUUACAAAGAGGAUUACGCUUAAACCCGGAUCAGACUAGUCUGUGGCAUGAAUACUUUCGCUUGGAACUGUUGUAUGUGGAGAAAAUCAAAGCACGACGACGCAUAUUGGGAAUCGAUGAAAAAUCUGAAGAACAACAAAAGGGUGAUAUGGAAAUUGAUGAUGAAGAAGAACAAAAGGAUGACAACAUGAUUCAAUUACCAAAAAUCACUGGUGAAGAUUUGAAUAAUGACUCGGAUGCUGUGAAUCAAUUGAAGGAAAAAACAGCAGAUGCUUUGAAGGAAGGCAUGAAUCCUAUUUUGCAAGGUUUAUUGGCCACCAUUGUGUACAAGAAUGCGAUUGCUGCCCAUCCCGACAACCUCGAUUUUAGAACCGCUUUUAUCGAUAUUUAUCGCACGUUUACAGAUACUGAAAAGGGAUGUGACUUGGUGUACGAUAGUAUUCGACAAGAUAUGAAUGACAAUCCUCAUGCUCGUACUUACUUGGCAACCCGACAUUUAUUUACAAAACCCAAUGAUGCAAACAACGAAUCAAAGUACAUUUCUAUUACGAAUCCUUCUUUUGUGGUAGCUCUCAAGGCAUCUGUAGACGAAUUCAAUCUAUCUGUGAAGGAACUAUGUGUCCCACUUAUGUGGCAAUUGUACUUGGAAUUCUUGAUCCAAUGGAGAAAACUCAUUAGUGAAGAAAACUUGAAAUUAUACCUUACAAAGCUAUUGCAACGAACAUUCACAUCAUGUCAAAAGAAAGAUUGUCUUUCUGAAGAAAUAUACAAAUUAUGGAUAGACUUGCUUGUAGAUCAAGAUGAAAUCACUCAAGCUCAAUCCAAGGCAAAAGAAGCUACUAAAAAGUACCCUCAUUGUCCAGCUUUAUGGCUUGCUCGUAUCUCUUUAGCUCAAAAGGAAGAUGGUAACGAUCAACCCCAAAUGAUAUUAUUCAAACAGGCUUUGGAAAACCUACCUUCAUCCUAUGAUUUAUGGGCAUCAUAUGAUGACUUUUUGCAACGACUUUCUGAAGAAAAUACUCUCACAUCUGAAGAAGUGAAUGACCUUUAUUUGGAUGCUUGUCAAAGGGUUACUUAUUUGCUUCCAUCCGUUAUGACAGCUACAGAAGAACGUAACCAUAUCAAGGAUUUGAUAUUAUCUAACUAUAUCAAAUGGUCUGCUGACGUUUGUGGUAUUGAAGCAGCCCGGAUGGCUUACAAAAAAGUGAUCCAAAGUAUGUAUCCUACCAUCCAAUUUUACAAGACUUGCUUGGAAGUUGAAAACACAUAUGGUCAAGGUGGUCAAGAUGGACAAAACAAAGUGGAAUACUUGUUUGAAAUGGCGGUACGCAUGGAAAACAGUAAAGAAGAUACCUAUCUUUCUUAUUUGUCAUAUCUCUAUUCUCAAAAGAAAUUCCAAAAGGCAAAUACAAUUUAUUGGAAAGCUAGUAAAGAAGUUUUGGACAAGGCAACGUUUGAUCUUCGAUUCCAAGAUAUCAAGAAUGGCACCGUAUUCAAUGUUUUUGCUUUAUAAAUAGUAGUAUCCCCCCUUUUCCUUUCGCAUACACACAUAUAUUUUGUUUCUUUUUUUUUUUAUCACAUUAUGUUCAUCCAUAGAAUCCAUCAUUUUAUAUUUACUAGUCCUUUGUAGAAUAUUUUAUUUUCUUUUUAUUUUUUUUUUUUUAUCAACAAUAAAAAAUGAUAUGGCAUUUUU